AUGUGGUCCUGGUUUGGCGGGGCCGCCGCUCAGAAGCGGAAGGAUGCGCCCAAGGACGCUAUUCUACAGCUGCGCGAACAGCUGGGUUUGCUGCAAAAGCGCGAGAAGCAUCUCGAGACCCAGAUCUCAGAGCAGGAUGCUAUGGCUCGGAAGCACGUUAAUACAGAUAAGAAUGCCGCCAAAAAUGCCCUCCGACGGAAAAAGGUCCACGAAAAGAAUCUCGAACAGACAACAGCUCAAAUUAUGCAACUCGAGCAGCAGGUAUAUUCCAUCGAAGCCGCCAAUAUAAACCACGAAACCUUGGCUGCUAUGGUGCGGGCCGGCGACGCUAUGAAACAUAUCCACGGUAAAAUGAAGCUCGAGGAUGUCGACAAGACGAUGGAGGAACUUCAAGAUCAACAUGCGCUCAGCACCGAGAUCGGAAACGCCAUUACCGGCUUCCCUAUCGGCGAACAGCCCGACGAGGAUGAGCUCGAAAAUGAAUUGGAGGGUCUGGAGCAGGAAGCCAUGGAUGCAAAGAUGCUCCACACUGGGACCGUACCGGUGGGCAGUCAACUGGACCGGUUGCCAGCUGCAGGGAAUACGGAUCUCAAACACCCUGCCAAGGCAGAGGAAGACGACGAGGAGGCCGAGCUGGCAAAGUUGCGCGCAGAAAUGGCAAUGUGA